AUGUCAGAUCCUGCGGGGUACACUGUGGGCUGGAUCUGCGCCUUGCCCGUAGAAUACGUUGCCGCACAAGAAUUCCUCGACGAAGAGCACGACAAACCCCGCUUUGUGUCGCCAAAUGAUACCAACGAUUAUACAUUAGGCAAGAUGGGAGAACACAACGUUGUCAUCGCCGUUUUACCCAAUGGUGAAUAUGGAACAGCUUCCGCCGCUAGUGUAGCGACGAACAUGCUUAACAGUUUUCACAACAUCAGGAUCGGCCUCAUGGUGGGGAUUGGCGGGGGUGUACCAAGUGAGACCCAUGAUAUUCGUUUAGGCGAUGUUGUGGUCAGUGCGCCUCGUUUUGGCGAGAGUGGUGUCUUCCAGUACGACUUUGGCAAGUCGAUACAAGGCCAAAAGUUUCAGCAUACGCGGUUCUUGAAUCAACCACCAACUACACUUCGCACUGCGAUGACGGGAAUGCAGGCGCAAUAUAAGAGAAAGGGACAUAAGCUCAUGGAGGCCAUCAACAUUAUCCUUAACACGAACUUUCGGUUACGCAGCGAGUACGAACGUCCGGAAUCCAGCACAGACAGGCUCUUCCAGCCCUCUGUCAAUCAUGAAUCAGCUUGCGGUAAUGCAUCCUGUGUAAAUGAUGCUUCGAACUUGGUUUUGCGGCGUGAACGUUCUGAAGUCGAGGAUAAUCCUGCAAUUCACUAUGGUCUGAUUGCUUCUGCCAAUCAAUUAAUGAAGGAUGCUUUGAUUCGCGAUAGACUAGCGGCGGAGAAAGAUGUUCUCUGUUUCGAAAUGGAAGCUGCCGGGCUGAUGAACACUUUCCCUUGUUUGGUUAUCCGGGGUGUUUGCGACUACUCGGACUCGCAUAAGAACAAACAGUGGCAAGGGUAUGCGGCGAUGGUGGCAGCUGCCUACGCUAGAGACCUUCUGCAGAGGAUCCCUCUUAACAGAAUUGAAGCCGAAGAGAAGAUAAGUGCUGUUGUGUCUGAGGAGCUAAAAGGCAUCCAAGAUCGCUUAGAUCAAGCAUACAGUCAACAGGAGCGACACCAAGAUGAACAGAAAAUAAGAGUUUUAACGGAGCAGCAACAACGCUGUCACCAAGUUUUCAAGACAUCGAACUAUGAGGAGCAAAAGGAUAUCAAUCCACGCCGAGCGGAAGGAACUUGCCAAUGGGCGUUACAGAGCUCGGAAUACAUUCGUUGGCUAGAUAAUAACUGCAAUGGCCUGCUUUGGGUGUCAGCCGAUCCAGGCUGCGGGAAGUCUGUACUAGCCAGAUCGAUUAUCGAUGACUACGUGCAAGCUUCAUGUCAAGGAGUGGCAAUAUGUUACUUCUUUUUUAAAGACAACGAUGAACAGAACAAUUUUGCUGCGGCCCUUUGUUCGGUACUUCAUCAGCUAUUCAGCCAGCAGCCUCAUCUAUUACAACAUGCCAUUCCGGCCUGGGAAAAGAAUGGGGAGAAGCUGCGACAAGAAGUUAACGAGCUUUGGCGGAUCUUGAUAGCGGCAACGUCAGCUGACAUAUCGUGCAAGACGAUUUGUAUAUUCGAUGCACUUGAUGAAUGUCGUGAAACGGAUCAACGCCGAUUAAUUGACAAGCUUCAAGCAUUUCAUCGCGGUCUAUCUUCAUUAACAGAGAAAACCUAUUUGAAAUUCUUAGUCACCAGUCGUCCCUACGAUGAUAUACAGGAUCACUUUCGAGUAAUCACCGAUUCGUUUCCGCAUAUACAUAUCAAGGGGGAAGAGCAGAAUGACCAAAUCCACGAGGAGAUUGAUCUGGUGGUCAGGAUUCGAGUGAGAGAACUAGCCGAGACAGUACCACUGUUGCCAGAACUUCAUCAUCGAAUCGAACAGCAGCUGCUUCAAAUGGAACACCGUACAUAUCUCUGGCUGCACCUAGCCAUUGAUGAUAUCCGUACUACCUUUAAGCACAGCCUUCGACCUGCAAAGAAUUCGAUCACGCUUAUACCACCUUCUGUGGAUGCAGCAUACGAGAAGAUCCUCUGUCGAGUCCCAGCAGAUGAAAUGGACAUAGUCAAAAAGAUCUUAGAGAUAAUUGUGGCUGCACGACGUCCUCUAACAAUACGAGAGAUGGCUGUGGCGCUAGGUAUUGCUACCUACCCCGAGGCACGAACAACAAUGGAGGCCGGCCUAGAUCCAACUCAUCUACAGAGAAAAAUUCGAAAAUUAUGCGGCUUAUUCGUCUUUACUAAUAACUCCAAAAUCUAUCUUAUCCAUCAGACUGCCAGAGAGUUUUUGAUUCAAAAGGAAAACCUGAACAAUCUCCAUCUUACGUAUUGGAGCAGCCUAAGUAACGCAGAAGACCAGAUGGCUGGGAUCUGUCUGCGGUACCUUUUGAUGGAGGACCUGGAAGACGACGAAGGCCAACCGAGAUUUAACAUCCGAGACCUUUUAGAAUACUCAGCAGUACAUUGGGCUGAUCACGUACGGAAAAUGACUUUGAUGUUAGACCAGGAAGUGCCGAAUCGACUACAUCCAGUGUACGAUAUGUGCAGAAAACGGGUUACCCUAUGGUUUCCUAUCUUUUGGAGGACAGUGAUGCCAAACCAAAACGUGCGAUCAAUGAAUGCACUCAGUCUGGCAGCAUUUAACGGCCAUGAGCAGGAGGUUCUGUUUCUACUUGCUAUUGAGAAACACGAUAUCAAUGCGGCAGACGAAAUAAGAGGAAAUCCAUUGAUUUGGGCCUCGCGGGAGGGGCACGACAAAAUCGUGCAGAUUCUUCUAGAGGACGGAGCCGAUGUAAACGCCCAGGGUGGAGAGUACGGAAAUGCGCUCCAGGCAGCUUCUUGGGGAGGACACGAUAAAAUCGUGCAGACAUUGUUAGAACGAGGAGCCGAUGUCAAUGCCCAGGGUGGAUACUACGGAAAUGCGCUCCAGGCAGCUUCUUGGGGAGGAUACGAUAAAAUCGUGCACACAUUAUUAGAACGAGGAGCCGAUGUCAAUGCCCAAGGUGGAUACUACGGAAAUGCGCUCCAGGCAGCUUCUUGGAGAGGACACGACAAAAUCGUGCAGACACUGUUAGAGCACGGAGCUGACGUUAACGCCCAAGGUGGAGAGUACGGAAAUGCGCUCCAGGCAGCUUCUUCUGGAGGAGACGAUAAAAUCGUGCAGACACUGUUAGAGCACAGAGCCGACGUCAACGCCCAGGGUGGAUACUACGGAAAUGCGCUCUAUGCAGCUUCUUAUAGAGGAGACGAUAAAAUCGUGCAGACACUGUUAGAGCACGGAGCCGAUGUUAACGCCCUGGGUGGAUACUACGGAAAUGCGCUCUAUGCAGCUUCUUCUGAAGGGCACGAUAAAAUCGUGCAGACACUAUUAGAGCACGGAGCUGACGUUAACGCCCAGGAUGGAGAGUACGGAAAUGCGCUCUAUGCAGCUUCUUCUGGAGGAGACGAUAGAAUCGUGCAGACACUGUUAGAGCACGGAGCCGAUGUCAACGCCCAGGGUGGAUACUACGGAAAUGCGCUCCAGGCAGCUUCUUCUGAAGGGCACGACAAAAUCGUGCAAACACUGUUAGAACGAGGAGCCGAUAUUAACGCCCAGGGUGGACACUACGGAAAUGCGCUCCAGGAAGCUUCUUUUAGAGGACACUACAAAAUAGUGCAGAUUCUUCUAGAGCAUGGAGCCGAUGGCAACGCCCAAGGUGGAGAGUACGGAAAUGCGCUCCAGGCAGCUUCUUGGGGAGGAUACGAUAAAAUCGUGCACACAUUAUUAGAACGAGGAGCCGAUGUCAACGCCCAAGGUGGAUACUACGGAAAUGCGCUCCAGGCAGCUUCUUGGGGAGGACACGACAGAAUCGUGCAGACACUGUUAGAGCACGGAGCUGACGUCAACGCCCAAGGUGGAGAGUACGGAAAUGCGCUCCAGGCAGCUUCUUCUGAAGGGUACGGCAGAAUCGUGCACACACUGUUAGAGCACGGAGCUGACGUUAACGCCCAAGGUGGAGAGUACGGAAAUGCGCUCCAGGCAGCUUCUUGGGGAGGAUACGAUAAAAUCGUGCACACAUUAUUAGAACGAGGAGCCGAUGUUAACGCCCAAGGUGGAUACUACGGAAAUGCGCUCCAGGCAGCUUCUUGGAGAGGACACGACAGAAUCGUGCAGACACUGUUAGAGCACGGAGCUGACGUUAACGCCCAAGGUGGAGGGUACGGAAAUGCGCUCCAGGCAGCUUCUUGGGGAGGAUACGAUAAAAUCGUGCACACACUGUUAGAGCACGGAGCUGACGUUAACGCCCAAGGUGGAUACUACGGAAAUGCGCUCCAGGCAGCUUCUUGGAGAGGACACGACAGAAUCGUGCAGACACUGUUAGAGCACGGAGCUGACGUUAACGCCCAAGGUGGAGAGUCCGGAAAUGCGCUCCAGGCAGCUUCUUGGGGAGGAUACGAUAAAAUCGUGCACACAUUAUUAGAACGAGGAGCCGAUGUUAACGCCCAAGGUGGAUACUACGGAAAUGCGCUCCAGGCAGCUUCUUGGGGAGGACACGACAGAAUCGUGCAGACACUGUUAGAGCACGGAGCUGACGUCAACGCCCAAGGUGGAUACUACGGAAAUGCGCUCCAGGCAGCUUCUUCUGAAGGGUACGAUAAAAUCGUGCAGACACUGUUAGAACGAGGAGCCGACGUCAACGUCCAAGGUGGAGACUACGGAAAUGCGCUCCAGGCAGCCUCUUCUGAAGGGCACGACGAAAUCGUGCAAACACUGUUAGAGCACGGAGCUGACGUUAACGCCCAAGGUGGAGAGUACGGAAAUGCGCUCCAGGCAGCUUCUUGGGGAGGAUACGAUAAAAUCGUGCACACAUUAUUAGAACGAGGAGCCGAUGUCAACGCCCAAGGUGGAUACUACGGAAAUGCGCUCCAGGCAGCUUCUUGGGGAGGACACGACAGAAUCGUGCAGACACUGUUAGAGCACGGAGCCGAUGUCAACGCCCAGGGUGGAGAGUACGGAAAUGCCCUUCAAGCUGCUCGUCGGGGAGGAUACCACCAUAUAGUGAAAUUUCUCCAGGGACAUCAGUUUGCUGAUCAGUUGACCUCCCAACCUCCCCCUUCGAAGAGGCUUAAGGUUUCAACAUGA